UAUUAGCACGGAAAAGAAAAAUAAAAAAACAAAAAUAAUUUACAUAGCAAAAUUCCCAAAUCCAAAAAUCUCGCCGAUCUGUGGGCUUGGAGAUCAGCAGAGAAAGAGAGAGGAGGAGGGAAGCGCACAUCAGUUUUUUUUUUUCUUGUAGGUUCCUCUUGUUGGGGGAGUCUGAACUGGAGUGGACUUCUGCACUUUAAUACCUCUGAGAAUGAAGAACAUGGAGCGUCUUGCCAAUGUUGCUUUGUUAGGUUUGAGUCUGGCACCACUGGUAGUGAAUGUGGAUCCAAAUGUAAAUGUCAUAGCAACAGCCUGCCUUACUGUCUUUGUGGGUUGCUGCCGUUCUGUUAAGCCUACUCCGCCUUCGGAAACAAUGUCUAAUGAACAUGCAAUGAGAUUUCCCUUGGUUGGAAGUGCAAUGCUCUUGUCAUUGUUCUUGCUUUUUAAAUUCCUGUCAAAAGACCUGGUUAAUGCUGUGUUGACGUGCUACUUCUUCGUACUUGGCAUUGCUGCACUUUCGGCGACAUUGUUACCUGCUAUUAAACGUUUCUUGCCAAAUAAGUGGAAUGAAAAUCUCAUAAUAUGGCACUUCCCAUAUUUCCGCUCUUUGGAGAUUGAGUUCACAAGGUCUCAGAUUGUUGCUUCAAUUCCUGGAACCAUUUUCUGUGUAUGGUAUGCUAAACAGAAGCAUUGGCUAGCUAACAACGUUUUGGGCCUUGCCUUUUGCAUUCAGGGUAUUGAAAUGCUUUCACUUGGAUCAUUUAAGACUGGUGCCAUACUAUUGGCAGGACUUUUUGUGUAUGACAUCUUUUGGGUCUUUUUUACCCCAGUGAUGGUCAGUGUAGCCAAAUCUUUUGAUGCUCCUAUCAAGCUUUUGUUCCCCACUGCGGAUGCUAAACGCCCCUUCUCAAUGCUGGGUCUUGGAGAUAUAGUUAUCCCAGGCAUUUUUGUUGCAUUGGCACUCCGUUUUGAUGUCUCCAUGGGGAAGGAGCCCCAAUACUUCAAGAGUGCAUUUUUAGGAUACACAUUUGGUUUGGCAGUCACGAUAUUUGUUAUGAACUGGUUCCAAGCUGCACAGCCUGCUCUGCUAUAUAUUGUUCCAGCUGUAAUUGGAUUCUUGGCGGUACACUGCAUAUGGAAUGGGGAUGUGAAGCCUUUGUUGGAGUUUGAUGAAGGAAAGACGAAAGAUGCUGAAGAAGCUGAUGCCAAAGAAAGCAAGAAGGUAGAAUGAGGCUAAGUAGACAGACUGACAUUAAAGAGACGAUGACCCUUCAAUUAGUUUAUGUAUCGCCGUGGAUUAAUAGUCACCUGAGGCGCAGAUAUUGUUGGUUAAGCAACAAAGUUUGUUGUAUUUGAUUUUUGAGACUGACCGUCAAUAGUACUGGCCUUUUAUGUUACACCUUAAAUUGAUAUUAUUAAAUGUCAAUUCUUACUCUUUUCA